UGGAACAAGAAACGUUUUGGUGAAAAAUGUCACUUGACUUUGACAGUGCGGCUUUGCAGAUGCAACACGAUGAAGAAGAAUACGACCAGGAGGACUACAUGAGGGAACAAGAGUUGCAGAAGCUGCUGACGGACCUUCCCCAUGACAUGCUGGAGGACAGCGGAGAUCAACUCUCCAACUUCUCCGACUGUAGUUCGCCUGAGGAGCAUGAGCGAGUAUGUGAACCCUGGGAGCAGGAGGCCAGAUGGAAUGAUCACCCGAAUACAGCCAACCCACAAAAUGGUCCAAACUUGUACGCCGAACGUUUCCUGUACGAUCAAGGCAACGUCCAGGGUGAAACGCAUGCCGCCGAGUGGCCGGCCCACCGCACCGCGGACGAAGAAAGAAACAUGUACGAGAUCUCCGGCAGAGCCAGCGACGAUGGGUCGGACGACGUGUAUCUUGGAGGCGACAGCUGUCGAGCACCAAGCCACUACCCCCAGGACAAGGCCUAUCACCUCCUGGAAAACUUUAGACCGCCGUACACUAAUGGCCACCAGCAGGAGUUCAGUAACCAGCACAAAACCGCAAACUUUGUGGAUCCCAAGAAGUUCGGCGCUUCAGAGACUACUAACAGCCAGUCUGUGGAGGCUUACAAAGUAAUAUAUAAACCCUACCAGAAUAACAUCCAGAAGCCAGUCAAUAUUUCUCCAGAUGCCGCAAGAAGAAUCGAGGCAUUUGACGACAUGCAACAGGAGUUUCUAGGGACCGGUGAGAAUGCUCCAGACAAUGUGCAGAUCCUCCAGCUGCAGGUCCUUAACAAGGCAAGAGGGAGGCAACUGGAAGAACUUAAUAAACAGCUGGAAGAGAGAGCACAGCAGAUUAGGUAUCUGUCUCAUCAGCUUUCGAUUGUCAAAGAUGAAAAGGAUGGCAUGUGCCUUAGUCUCCAGGAAAGUCAAAAACUUUAUCAAAACAGCAAAGAAAAGGAAGUUCAACUUGAAGGCCAAAUAAAAGCUUUCGAAGCGCAAAUUCAAACUCUGACUGCCAAUGAGGAGAAGCUCAUCAAGCAAGCCAAGGUAGCAGAGACGGCCAUGGAAAGCACUCAGCAGCAGCUCCUGGAACUCCGGCGCUCCGACGCUCUUCAGCGUGCCAGAGAGCAGCACGAGGCCAUCGUCACCGGCCUCAAGCAGAAGUACGAAGAGCAGGUCGUGUCUUUGCAGGAGAAACUGGACGCCAGGCUCAUGGAGCUUCAGGACCAGACAGAACUCUGCUGUCAUCUCAGAGCACACCUGAAACAACUUGAAAGAACCCUAGAAGAAAGUAAAUUAGAAAAAAAUUCAAUUAUCAACCAGCUCUCAAGAAGCCUAGAAGAAAGCCAGAACCAGUGUGCAAACCUACUGCAAACAGGUUUGGUGCAAGAGACCAAUCAGUUACGCUUGCAGCUGCAGCAAGCUCAGUCGGCCCAGCUGAUAAGUAAUGAAAUGAACAAGGCUCUACAGGAAGAACUGAAGGAACUAAAAGAUGAAAUCGUUCUGUAUGAAUCUGCUGCAAAACAUGGUGUAUAUCUCGGUAACCUAGGAGGAAAAUUAACUGCGGACAUGACUGACUCUUACGUGGAUUUGGGUAUUAAGAAGGCCAACAAGAAAGCCAGACUUCCCAGCAAUGCACAGAGUAAAGAAAUGGAUAAAGAACUCUGUAAAGAUGAGAUCAUCUUGGAGCUGAAGGCAGAAAUGGAGCGUUUACUGAACAGUAACAAAACAAAGAGGGACCGGGUAUCUCAACUGCAGAAUAAUCUCAAAGAGUGCCAGAGGACGAUAGAAGAGCUGAAGCAGCUGCCGAAAACAAAUGGCCAAGAGCCCAAAGGAAGAAAUACAGAAAGUCCCUCAGAUGUCUUACAGUCCAAUAUAUCUGCUAGUGAAAACAGUCUUAAAGAAGACAUUCUGAGGCUCGGGAAGGAAAACCAGGUUUUAAAGCAAGAGAUCGAGAGCUGGCGUGCACACAUUCAGGAACUUGAAGAAAACGAGGAAAAUCUGAAAAAAGUAAAUCAGGACCUUUGUAGUCAAAUGAGGCAGAUGGUUCAGGACUUUGAUCGCGAUAAACAAGAAACCAUUGACAGGUACGAGAGAACCUAUCGGCAGCAUUAUGAAGACAUGAAGAAAAAGUAUUGCGAAGAGCUCACAGAAGAGCAUGCUGCAGAAAAAGAAAAACUCACCCGCGCUUACGACGAGAACAUCGCGCGGCUGAAAGUUGAAAUUGAUGAGCUGAAUGAAGAGAUACUGACAGUAAAGGAAUGUUACAUUGCAGUCUGCAGGGAGAAGGACGAACAGGAGGCUGCUCUGAAGGGAAUGUUUGAACGAGAGCAACAGCUAAAGGAAGAGAACUUCAAGAAACAGCUGCUGGAGGAAAAAGAGAAAUCCUUGAACAGCUUAAGGUCUGAGCUAGAAGAAGCAUUCAAGAAUUCUGCCCUGGCAGCCAAGGCCCAGUGGCAGGAAGAAAAAGAAGACGACAUCAAAUGGCGCGUUGAGAAGGAAGUGGAGAGAGCCAAAGCAUGUUGGGAGACAGAAAGGAAAGAGACCAUAGACCAAGCUAUUCGGAAAGUGGAACAAGAGUGGCAGCGUAGACUAGACCGAGCUGCGGAAGAAAGCAAGAGAACGGUUGCGGAACUCAAAGACUGCUGCAGCCAGACACAGUCGGUGACCAUCGCGGAUGAAGCACUGAGCCAGCUGUUGGCGGAGGAAGUUGAGAAGCAAACACUGACCUUGCAGGAGACACUGAAUGAAAAGGCCUUGAGACAAUGUGAAGCAAGUUUGGGAAUGGGGCAUCACGAUACCCGCCAGGUGGAACUGGCCCUGACCAAGGCUCGUGCCAGGUGGCUGCGGGAACUGACUGAGCUGGAGGAGUAUAAAACUCACCUGAAAGCGGCUCAGGAGAAAUGGGAGAAGGACCACGAAGUCAACACCGCCAAACAGGUAUCUCUGGCUCUUUCAGCGGCAGAAGAGAAAUGGAAGAAGGAACUUGAGAACAGUGACCAAACUAGAGUGAGGACUAAAGAGCUGGAAGAGAAGAUCCUUUCCUUUCAACGAGAGCUGGAGCGCAAGGAAGAAGAAAUCCCCGCCAUCGUCAAAGCGGAACUGGCGAAAGCCCGGACUCUGUGGAACAAGGAGAAGCAAGAGGAGGUCCUCGCCAUCCAGGAACAAAAUGAAAAAGAUUACCACGCCUUUUUACAAGACCACCAGAAUAAAAUCAGCGAGUUGCUGGCCAAGGCCAAGGAGGACUUUGCGAAGCAGAAGAAGGAGCUGCUGGAGCAAAAAGAGGCAGACCUGAAGGUGUGCGUGGAGAGGAAGCAGCAAGAAUGGGCCGUCCAGGAAGCCAGGAGAUUCCAAAACGAAGUCCGCCAGUACGAAGACAGGGCUCUGGUCCAGGUGGAACUCUUGUUAGACGAAAUGCACAAGGAUUUGGUUAGAUGUGCGGGGGAUAUGCCCGCUUGGCAAGCCCAGUGGCGAACGGCUCCCCAUGUUCAGCUCAACCUCCGGUUCAAAGACAGACUGAUGCUGUGUCUGCAGAAGGCGUAUACGAACGCUGUCUGUGCCAUCCUAGAAAAAGCCAAGCCAAAGGGGAGCCAGAUACCUGAGGAUUCAGACUGUGAUUUCAAAGAUUCAGCAUGCCCUGGCUUGCAGAGCGGCGAAGGAGAGACGGGGGACAAAGCGAGGCCCUCCACGUACGAUGUGGGAGAGCAAGCAGAGCAGAGAAGAAGAUUAUGGAAACCGCCGUCUCUUCAGGAGACUGAAACGGACAAAGCCCUGUAACUUCUGUUUUUUGAUUGGUCGAUUGCAGAUCCAAAGUGCCUCUCAUCCCAGUUAGACUUUUGCUGCAAACGCUGCCUCCAGCAGCUCGAAAGGAAGGAAAGGGAAUGCCAGGAUUUGAGAAAGAAACUUGACAAAGCAUGCAGGCAUCUCCAGCUGACAGUGAAGGAGCACAAAGCGAAAUCGGAGCAAUGGCAAGAAAAUGAAAAAACGAUGCAGACGUUGACGGAGGAGAAUGUUGCAAUGAGGAACAGACUUGAACAUAUGAAGCCAGGUGUUGCCCAAAGAUCAUUGUCUGAGGGGUGUGUUUUGAAACCUUGCACUUUCUGUGAUGGAAAAGCCUUGGAAGAAAUGCGUUCCCAGUAUAUUAAAGCUGUGGGUAAAAUUAAGAGCGACAUGCUUCGCUAUAUCCACGAAAGUAAAGAGAGAGCAGCGGACAUUAUAAAAGCAGAAGUGUUGAGGGAACGUCAAGAGACCGCCCGGAAAAUGCGCAAAUAUUAUCUGAUUUGCCUUCAACAGCUUCUGACUGACGACGGAAAGACCGAAGGGGCCGAGAAGAAAAUAAUCUGUGCUGCUGGCAAACUUGCAACCAUGGCCAAAAUCCUCGAAACCCCGGUGCGUAACUCGUCACAGAGCGUCGCUGCCCACUCAGCUCUGUCCCAGAAUUCUAAGUCGUUUGCUGGGGUUAAGGAUCCUAAAGGAAAUCCUAUGCAGCAGCAUAAGCAGGCCUCCACAGAAAACCAGGCUGGGGACAGAGGUGUUACCAACAACCACCAGAUGACUCAGAAACGUAUACCUUGCAGCUUAAGGCAACGGCUUGAUGCUGAGAGCCCGUCUCCCCUGCCUUCCAAUACCCUGACUGGGGGGAAUUCUUUUAAACAAUCGGACAGCGUUUUGGUAGGCGCCGUGACCUCAGCGGUGGCUUCCAGCAGAGACAGGAACGCAGGCAGAGAUCUGUCUCACGCCUUUGGCGCUGUGGCAUUCCAGAACCGUUCCCCUCACGUUUCUCAAUAUACGAAUCUGGCUAGCUGCGCCGACUCUGGGGCAGCUCAAGCAGCGCCUCAGAGCCGAAGCGAAAGGUCGGUCUUAAAAGAAUUCGGGUGCCCCCACUCCACCAGCUAUCAGGCGGCAGCUCCUAGAAAAACCACAGGCUUCGAUGUUCAGGAAGCUCCGGUGAAGGACGACGGGAGCUCCGUUAACUGUAGCCUGAUUAGCGAGCCUCUGCACUUGGAGAGCAGAGACACGUCUUUGCACGCUGCUCAGAGAACACAUCCCAGCACCCAAGCAGAAUUCUGCCAACGGUAUCCCACCGCAAACCCAUUUUCGGAUGUCCAGGAAGGUGCGUCUGGUUUUUACCAACAAGCCAGCAGUCAAAGCGGCAAGGGUCUGGUAACUCCAGGCCAAGCCCCGAAGUGCAGCGAAGGCCCUCUGAGGGUGAACCUGGGCCACAUGUCGUGUCAGAACGCAGACAAAGUGAGUUCUCCUAGCUCCCGUCAAGGCAGCACGGGGUUGUGUUUGACCGUGGGGAAAAGCUACGACUUGCUGCAUUCGAGGGAGCGGAUACGCAACCUGAAGGAUUUUCAGCAAGACAGUGGUUUUGACAGCCCCCAAAUUAACUUUGAUUAA